GCUCCCCAUCCGGAUCACGAACGAAGAGGAGCAGGCGGUGCAGCGCCUCCCGCCGCUGGGCUUGCGGGGAAGCGGGUGGAGAUGCGGCUGGAACGAAUCUCUGCCUGCCAUGCUUUCGUGAUCUGUUGUUGCUAUUGAAUAGAAGCUGCAAGAGAAACAGAAGAUCAAGGUCUUGCAUUGAGUAUUCUGUUUCGGUGUGGAAAAGGGGCAUUUGGCACUUACUACAUUUGGACAAUACUCUCUUAAAUACAGAGUGGAUAUAUGAAGGAAGACGUUGAGGGAUCUGCUGAAGAUGAGGCGACUGAAUCGGAAGAAGACCUUGAAUUUAAUGAAAGAGUUGGAUGCCUUUCCUAAAGUUCCUGAAAGCUACAUAGAAACCUCAGCAAGUGGAGGAACAGUUUCUCUCAUAGCGUUUACAACUAUGGCUCUCUUAACCAUAAUGGAGUUUACGGUAUAUCGAGAUACUUGGAUGAAAUACGAGUAUGAAGUAGAUAAGGAUUUUACUAGUAAAUUAAGAAUCAAUAUAGACAUUACUGUUGCAAUGAAGUGUCAGUAUAUUGGCGCUGACGUGCUGGAUUUGGCAGAAACCAUGGUUGCCUCUGCAGAUGGGUUAGUUUAUGAACCAGUCAUAUUUGAACUCAGUCCCUUGCAGAGAGAAUGGCAAAGGAUGCUGCAGAUCAUUCAGAGCAGGCUGCAGGAAGAACACUCCCUUCAAGACAUAAUAUUCAAAAGUGCUUUUAAAAGUGCUUCAACAGCACUGCCACCCAGGGAGGACAACUCGUUGCAUCCUCCAGAUGCUUGCAGAAUUCAUGGGCACCUGUAUGUUAAUAAAGUAGCAGGGAACUUUCACAUAACUGUGGGCAAGGCAAUUCCGCACCCGAGAGGCCACGCCCAUCUGGCUGCCCUUGUGAGCCAUGAAUCAUACAACUUCUCCCACAGGAUAGAUCACUUGUCUUUUGGAGAGCUCAUCCCAGGGAUUAUUAAUCCUUUAGAUGGUACUGAAAAGAUUGCAUCAGAUUACAACCAGAUGUUCCAGUACUUUAUCACAGUUGUGCCAACAAAACUUCAUACACAUAAAAUUUCAGCAGAAACUCAUCAGUUUUCAGUGACAGAAAGGGAAAGAGUGAUCAACCAUGCCGCCGGGAGUCAUGGGGUGUCUGGGAUUUUCAUGAAAUACGACAUCAGUUCCCUUAUGGUGACUGUGACAGAAGAACAUAUGCCCUUCUGGCAGUUCUUAGUAAGACUUUGCGGAAUCAUUGGAGGAAUCUUUUCUACUACAGGAAUUUUACAUGGCAUUGGAAGAUUCAUAGUGGAAAUUAUCUGCUGCCGUUUCAGACUGGGCUCUUCUAAAUCUACAUCUGUCACACUUCAAGAUGGCCACUUGAACAACCAUGUACCUCUUAUGACAGAUGAAGCUAUGCAUUAGCACCUUCUUCAGACACUGUUUUCCUUCCUUUCUGCCCAAUGCAGAAGACAUUUUUAUAACAAAACAUUGUGCAAUAUGUUAAGACAGUGCUGAUGGGCAGCC